UCAAUUUCCACUAAUGUAUCUCAGGUAUAUUUAGAUGGACAACGUAACUUGUUUUCAAUGUAACAAAUGAGUUAAUUACUUACAGGUGAUGGACAAUGCUGUAAAUACUGUAACAAUGGAUAUAACGCCAUCGUAGUUAUGUAACGCUUCAAAUGAGUCUCAGGUACAUUUACAUGACAACUUACCAUGUUUUAAGUAUAAGUAAUGAGUUUACAUGUUACUUACAGGUGAAUGAGGUGAUGGACAAUGCUGUAAAUACUGUAACAAUGGAUAUAACGCCAUCGCAGUUAUGUAACGCUUCAAAUGAGUCUCAGGUACAUUAAGUUGACAAAUAACCUUGUUGUCAUUAUAAUUAAUGGUACAAAUUUGUCCUCUUUAUUAUAUUAUGUUCAACAUUCAGUCAAAAAAGAAAAACAUCGAGAAAGUUAGUAAUAGUCCACGAAUACGCAAAUCUUGGAAUGGAACCCCGUAUGAACGACAGCGACUAUUAGUUAGAAAACUUCGUACCAAAAUAGAUAAACUUGAGGAUAAGUUAGAGAAUAUUCAGUAUAUUGUCGGAUCAGAUUUGAUUUUGUUAAGUAAAUCUGAUGACCAUGUGAAACAUUGUUUUGAAGCCAUUCACAAAAUAUUCGAAGAAGAAGAGAACAAAUCUUCCGAGCAUCACGCAAAAUCAUCAUUUUUAUUAGACCAGAUACUAAAUUUUUCUGUUAAAAAAAACAGAAUACGAUACGGCCCAUGGUCAAUAAAAUACGCAAUAAUGUUGCAAGGCAGGACACCGACCACUUAUGAUUUCAUCAGGAGACAUGAGCUUCUUACAAUGCCAUCUUUGCCAACUUUAUUUUCCUACAAAGGACGCACAAAAGGGAAAGUGGGCAUCACCAAUGUUAAUGAAGAAAGGUUGAAGUUGUUGUUUAACUCGCUCGUAGAAGCCCACGAAAAGAAGAUUUCUGUCGAAAUAGAUGAAAUGGCAUGUAGGGCAAUGAUGAUGUGGAUUCAGUCUAGACAAGAAUUUGUCGGCGAAGUUGAUUUUGGUGAGGUAGACGUUGAUGGAAUAAUUGAAGAUGCCUACAAUGAAUCCGAGGACGACCAAGUAUGUGAAGAAAUCGGCAAAGGAAUAGAUGUGGACGGUGGAAAGAUAUCAGAAGGUGCAGUAUGCUUACAAGAUUAACACACUGAAGAAGCAUGUCAUUCAAGAAAACCAGUCCUUGCCAACAGCUUAAUCAAUUUCAUGAUGACUGGCCUAACCACUAAAUUUAGUGCUCUUGUU